CUCCAGCGGUAUAUGGGCACAAUGUUGGGAUCACGAGGGAAGAUCUCAUCACCAUUCGCACCGUCCUCCUCUUGCUCCUUCGCACAGCCACAGCCACAACCAGGUGCAGCUAGGCAAUCCCAAUCAAGUUUGUUCCGAUACGAUAUCGACACCCCUCUUGCACACUUUCCUAUCUCUUGCAAUCCUCGAUCCUCUCUCGACUUGGAAGAUCUUCGCUCGCCUCGUUUCGUCUCUUACAAGCCGAUAAUAUGGCGGACGAGAGACCGGUAGUUGUCGACAAUGGUACCGGUUUCGUAAAGGUCGGAUAUGCUGGGUCGAACUUUCCCGAGUUCGUCUUUCCUUCCAUUGUGGGCCGGCCCAUCCUGCGCGUGGAAGAGAAGGACGCUGCCAAUGCGGAAAUCAAGGAUAUCAUGGUCGGAACAGAAGCCGCUGCUAUGCGCAAUUACCUCCAAAUCUCUCAACCCAUGGAACACGGUAUUGUCAAGGACUUUGGUGACAUGAGACAUGUGUGGAACUACACUUUUGACGAGAAGCUGCGAUUGGAUCCACGGGGGCGAAAGAUCCUUCUCACCGAGCCUCCAAUGAAUCCAAAGAGGAAUAGGGAGGAAAUGUGCCAGAUCAUGUUCGAAGAGUACGGGUUCGAAGGAGUCUACGUUGCUAUCCAAGCAGUGUUGACUUUGUAUGCGCAAGGUCUUCAAACCGGUGUUGUUGUGGACUCUGGAGACGGUGUCACUCACGUCGUGCCCGUGUACGAAGGUUUCGCUCUUCCUCACCUGACCAGAAGGCUGGAUGUUGCAGGUCGCGAUGUGACGAGGUAUUUGAUUAAGCUGCUCCUGCUGCGUGGCUACGCGUUCAACCGGACAGCGGACUUUGAGACUGUCAGACAAAUCAAGGAGAAGCUCUGCUUCAUGAGCUACGAUCUUGAUCUCGACAAAAAGUUGGCGGAGGAGACAACUACGCUCGUGGAGAACUAUACUCUUCCCGAUGGGCGCGUCAUCAAGGUGGGCUCGGAGCGAUUCGAGGCACCCGAGUGCAUGUUCCAGCCUCACUUGGUAGACGUGGAACAGCCUGGCGUUGCAGAGCUGCUCUUCAACACCAUUCAAGCAGCUGCAGUGGACACCCGUGCAGAUCUUUACAGGCACAUUGUGCUCUCUGGUGGAUCGUCAAUGUACCCCGGGUUGCCUUCUAGAUUAGAGAAGGAGAUGAAGCAGCUCUAUCUCACUCGGGUUCUCAAUGGUGAUGGCGAGCGUCUCAAGUCUUUCAAAAUUCGCAUCGAGGAUCCCCCUAGGCGCAAGCACAUGGUGUUCCUCGGUGGUGCAGUGCUCGCAGACAUUAUGAAGUCGCGCGAGGAGUUCUGGGUCAGCAGGGCCGACUGGUACGAGCAGGGACCUGCAGCACUGGACAGACUGGGCCGGCACGCGUAAUCUAGCUGAACAUCAAUCUGCUGGGUGGCUUGUUCACCUCACCGUCCAUGCACAGACUGGGAAAGGUCCGCUGCUGAUAGGUACGCAAUAUGAUGUUGUAUCCGUGUGGUAUGGAGAUAUUCAGGGAUGAUCACAUUCUUUUGCUGGAGAACGAUGACGGCGCGAGGCUCACGAAUCGAAGGC